GCGUGCUCGCUCGCGCCAGGCGAGUCUCCGCGUCUCCCUCGCGAACUCGGUGAAAGGAAUUGGCGCCGUUCGACACCAGGCGGGUCCGCUCUGCAGCACGAACCCACCUCCAGCCGCAGCCGCCGCCCGGACCGAGGAGCAGCCGCAGCAGCCGCUACCAGUGGCCGAGUGAGCGGAGCCCAGUCCGAGCCAAGCUCCCUGCCGCGAAUCGGGGCCCUCAUCAUGAGUUCCUCGCCUGUUAAUGUAAAAAAGCUGAAGGUGUCUGAGCUGAAAGAGGAGCUCAAGAAGCGGCGCCUCUCCGACAAGGGCCUCAAGGCCGAGCUCAUGGAGCGACUCCAGGCUGCGCUGGACGACGAGGAGGCCGGGGGCCGCCCCGCCAUGGAGCCCGGGAACGGCAGCCUCGACCUGGGCGGGGAUUCCGCCGGGCGCUCGGGAGCAGGCCUCGAGCAGGAGGCCGCGGCCGGCGGCGACGACGACGAGGAGGAGGAGGAAGAGGAGGAGGAAGGGAUCGCCGCCCUGGAUGGCGACCAGAUGGAGCUAGGAGAGGAGAACGGGGCCGCGGGGGCGGCCGAGUCGGGCCCGAUGGAGGAGGAGGAGGCCGCCUCGGAAGACGAGAACGGCGACGAUCAGGGCUUCCAGGAAGGGGAGGACGAGCUCGGCGACGAGGAGGAGGCCGCGGGCGACGAGAACGGCCACGGGGAGCAGCAGCCUCAACCGCCGGCGGCGCCGCAGCAACAGCCUCCGCAGCAGCGCGGGGCGGCCAAGGAGGCCGCGGGGAAGAGCAGCGGCCCCACCUCGCUGUUCGCGGUGACGGUGGCGCCGCCCGGGGCGAGGCAGGGCCAGCAGCAGGCGGGAGGUAAGAAGAAGGCGGAAGGCGGCGGAGGAGGCGGUCGCCCCGGGGCUCCGGCGGCGGGAGACGGCAAAACAGAGCAGAAAGGCGGAGAUAAAAAGCGAGGUGUAAAAAGACCUCGAGAAGAUCAUGGCCGUGGAUAUUUCGAGUACAUUGAAGAGAACAAGUAUAGCAGAGCCAAAUCUCCUCAGCCCCCCGUUGAAGAAGAAGAUGAGCACUUCGAUGACACAGUGGUUUGUCUUGAUACUUAUAAUUGUGAUCUACAUUUUAAAAUAUCAAGAGAUCGCCUCAGUGCUUCUUCGCUUACUAUGGAGAGCUUUGCCUUUCUUUGGGCUGGAGGAAGGGCAUCUUAUGGUGUGUCAAAAGGCAAAGUCUGUUUUGAGAUGAAGGUUACAGAGAAGAUACCUGUAAGGCAUUUAUAUACAAAAGAUAUAGACAUACAUGAAGUUCGGAUUGGCUGGUCGCUAACCACAAGUGGAAUGCUGCUAGGUGAAGAAGAAUUUUCUUAUGGGUAUUCUCUGAAAGGAAUAAAAACAUGCAAUUGUGAGACUGAAGAUUAUGGAGAGAAGUUUGAUGAAAAUGAUGUGAUCACCUGUUUUGCUAAUUUUGAAAGUGAUGAAGUAGAACUCUCCUACGCUAAGAAUGGACAGGAGCUUGGCGUUGCCUUCAAAAUCAGUAAAGAAGUUCUUGCUGGACGGCCACUGUUCCCGCAUGUUCUCUGCCACAACUGUGCAGUUGAAUUUAAUUUUGGUCAGAAGGAAAAGCCAUAUUUUCCAAUACCCGAAGAAUAUACUUUUAUCCAGAAUGUCCCCUUAGAGGACCGAGUUAGGGGACCUAAGGGUCCUGAAGAGAAGAAGGAUUGUGAGGUUGUGAUGAUGAUUGGUUUGCCAGGAGCUGGGAAAACUACCUGGGUUACUAAACAUGCAGCUGAGAAUCCUGGGAAAUACAACAUUCUUGGCACAAAUACCAUUAUGGAUAAAAUGAUGGUGGCAGGUUUUAAGAAGCAAAUGGCAGAUACUGGAAAACUGAACACACUGUUACAGAGAGCCCCACAGUGUCUUGGAAAGUUUAUUGAGAUUGCUGCUCGGAAGAAGAGAAACUUCAUUUUGGACCAGACAAAUGUGUCUGCUGCUGCCCAGAGGAGAAAAAUGUGCCUGUUUGCAGGCUUCCAACGAAAAGCUGUUGUAGUUUGCCCAAAAGAUGAAGAUUAUAAGCAAAGAACACAGAAGAAAGCCGAAGUUGAGGGGAAAGACCUCCCGGAACAUGCAGUCCUCAAAAUGAAAGGAAACUUUACUCUGCCAGAGGUAGCUGAGUGCUUUGAUGAAAUAACUUAUGUUGAGCUUCAAAAAGAAGAAGCCCAAAAACUUCUGGAGCAAUAUAAGGAGGAAAGCAAAAAGGCGCUUCCACCUGAAAAGAAACAGAACACUGGCUCAAAGAAGAGCAAUAAGAAUAAGAGUGGCAAGAACCAGUUUAACAGAGGUGGUGGCCACAGAGGACGUGGAGGAUUUAAUAUGCGCGGUGGGAAUUUCAGAGGAGGGGCUCCUGGGAAUCGUGGUGGAUACAACCGGAGGGGUAAUAUGCCACAGAGAGGCGGUGGCGGUGGCGGAAGUGGUGGCAUUGGCUAUCCCUACCCUCGUGGCCCUGUGUUCCCCAGCCGGGGUGGUUAUUCAAACAGAGGGAAUUACAACAGAGGUGGAAUGCCCAACAGAGGGAAUUAUAACCAGAACUUCAGAGGACGAGGAAACAAUCGUGGCUACAAAAAUCAAUCUCAGGGCUACAACCAGUGGCAGCAGGGUCAAUUCUGGGGUCAGAAGCCAUGGAGUCAGCAUUAUCACCAAGGAUAUUAUUGAAUACCCAAAUAAAACGAACUGAUACAUAUUUCUCCAAAACCUUCACAAGAAGUCGACUGUUUUCUUUAGUAGGCUAACUUUUUAAACAUUCCACAAGAGGAAGUGCCUGCGGGUUCCUUUUUUAGAAGCUUUGUGGGUUGAUUUUUUUUUUUCUUUUCUUUUUUGUACAUUUUUAAUUGCAGUUUUAAAGUGAAUCGUAAGAGAACCUCAGCAUUGUGCACGAUGAGAAUGUGUCAGUAUUUCAGGGUUCUACAUUUUAUCUGUAAAAUGUGACUUUUUUUUUUU